AAUUCCUCUAAUAAGUCUGAAACCGAAUUCUCUCGUCAACCAAAAUUCAACGAUGUGCAGCGAAACCCAACACCAGCGAGAGAUCGACAACACCAACAACAUAGCUUCCCCGCCCAACACCACCACCACCGCCGCCGCCGCAGUCGAUAACGCGGAGCUCAUCAUCACGUCCGCCCCUGAUCGCCGUCCCUGUGAAGUUCCCGAGCCUGAGCCUCCCGUCUCAGUCCCAGCUUCCAAUGGAACAGUGUCUAAUUCGCUUAUCAAGGCGGAGAAUCCAGUUUCUAGAGCUGUCCCGGCGAUGGAUGCGGUGGUUAAGGUUUUUUGUUUCCAUUCGAAGCCGAAUUUCUCGCUGCCGUGGCAGAGAAAUCGGCAGAACAGCUCGACCAGCAGCGGAUUUAUUAUCAAGGGAAGGAGGGUUUUGACGAAUGCACACUCCGUGGAACACUAUACGCAGGUUAAGCUGAAGAAGAGGGGUUCGGAUACCAAAUAUGUCGCCACCGUGCUUGCAAUUGGGGAAGAAUGCGAUAUUGCUUUGCUAACAGUAGAAGAUGAGGAGUUCUGGGAAGGGGUUUCUCCUGUAGAAUUUGGGGAUCUGCCUGAGCUUCAAGAUGCUGUUACAGUUGUUGGUUAUCCAAUUGGGGGCAAUACAAUCUCUGUAACCAGUGGAGUUGUUUCACGGAUAGGAAUUCUUUCGUACGUUCAUGGAUCAGCGGAUCUUUUGGGAUUGCAGAUCGAUGCCGCCAUCAAUUCUGGAAAUUCUGGUGGACCCGCUUUCAGUGAUAAAAAAACCUGUGUUGGGAUCGCGUUUCAAUCACUCAAGAAUGAGGAUGUUGAGAACAUUGGUUAUGUCAUACCAACGCCAGUCAUUAUGCACUUCAUUCAAGAUUAUGAGAAGAAUGGAAGAUAUACUGGGUUCCCAGUUCUUGGGGUUAAGUGGCAAAAUCUCGAAAAUCCAGACUUGCGUUUGUCGAUGGGGAUGAAACCUGAACAGAAGGGUGUGCGCAUAAGAAAAAUUAAUCCCACUUCACCAGGGUAUUCUAUUUUGAAACCAUCAGAUAUUAUACUUAGCUUUGAUGGGGUCGAUAUUGCGAAUGAUGGAACAGUUCCAUUUAGGCAUGGUGAGCGCAUAUGCUUUAGCUACCUGGUGUCCCAAAAGAAUACUGGGGAUACUGCUACGAUUAAAGUUCUGCGUAAUUCUGAAACUCUGAAGCUGAAAGUCAAACUUGACAUAGACAGAAGGCUCAUUCCAGCUCACAAUAAGGGGAAACCUCCUUCAUAUUAUAUUAUUGCUGGAUUUCUUUUUUCUACUGUUUCUGUUCCAUAUCUACGUUCUGAGUAUGGAAAAGAUUUCGAGUUCCUAGUUCCAGUCAAGUUGCUGGACAAACAGCUGUAUGGAAUGCCCCAGUCACAGGAUGAAGAAAUCGUUGUUGUUUCUCAGGUGCUUGUGGCUGACAUCAAUAUUGGAUAUGAGAAUAUCAUCAACUCCCAGAUUCUUGGUUUCAAUGGUGAGCCUGUGAAGAACCUCAAGAGUUUGGCUAGCAUGGUGGAGAGCUGCAAUGAAGAGUAUUUGAAAUUUGAUCUGGAACAUCAAAAGCUUGUGGUCCUCCAAACGAAGACGGCUAAAGCCGCAACCUUGGACAUUCUGGCGACCCACUGCAUACCAUCAGCCAUGUCGGAUGACCUCAAAGCAUGAUACUAUGCAUAUAAUCUGUCCAUCCGAAAAAUAGUCACAUUUUUUUCAUAUUUGUCUUUCACCAAAAUAGUGAAAAUAAUGUAUUGAUUAUUGCAUUUAUAAUGUUAUAAAUAAAUGAAAAGUACUCCAUUCUGUUCGA